GGUUAUCGCCAGAAGGACUCCUACAUCGCCAGCCAAGGACCACUGCAGCACACGAUAGAGGACUUCUGGAGGAUGAUCUGGGAGUGGAAAUCCUGCUCCAUAGUGAUGCUAACAGAGCUGGAGGAGAGAGGCCAGGAGAAGUGUGCCCAGUACUGGCCAUCUGAUGGCUCAGUGUCCUAUGGAGACAUCACUGUGGAGCUGAAGAAAGAGGAGGAGUGUGAGAGCUAUACAGUGCGGGACCUGCUGGUAACGAACACCAGGGAAAACAAGAACCGACAGAUCCGGCAGUUUCAUUUCCAUGGUUGGCCAGAAGUUGGGAUCCCUGGGGAUGGGAAGGGAAUGAUCAACAUCAUCGCAGCUGUGCAGAAGCAGCAGCAGCAGUCUGGCAACCACCCAAUCACUGUGCACUGCAGUGCUGGAGCAGGAAGAACAGGCACCUUCUGUGCGCUGAGCACUGUCCUGGAAAGGGUGAAGGCAGAAGGGAUUCUUGAUGUCUUUCAGACGGUGAAGAGUUUAAGAUUACAGAGGCCACAUAUGGUGCAGACACUGGAACAGUACGAAUUCUGCUACAAGGUGGUGCAGGAAUAUAUCGACGCCUUCUCAGACUACGCCAACUUCAAAUGAAACAGACAACAAAAAACCAAACC